GCUGUCCGGCCGCCGCUGCCCGGUGUCCUGCGCCCGCCCGCCCCGUCCGCUGUCCCGGGCCCCGCACCCCGGCCCGGCCGCUCCGAGCCCGGCCCCUCCGGCCCCCACCCGAGCCCGGCCAUGUCCGGGGAAGAGGCAGCGGCGCCCCCGGCCCCCGCCGACCAGGCGCCCCCGGCGGAGCAGCAGGCGGCGGGCGGCGGGGACGCGCCCCCGGCGGAGCCCCAGUACCGGGCCCUGGUGCUCUCGGGCUUCGGCGGCUACGAGAAGGUGAAGGUGCAGGUGCGGCGGGGCGAGCCCAGCCCGCGGCCCGGGGAGCUCGCCGUGCGGGUCCGAGCCUGCGGCCUCAACUUCGCCGACCUGCUGGCCCGGCAGGGGCUGUACGAGCGGCUGCCGCCGCCGCCCGUCUCCCCCGGCAUGGAGUGCGCGGGCACCGUGCUGGCGCUGGGCGAGGGGGUCACCGGCCGCCAGGUUGGUGAUAAGGUGAUGGUGCUGGCCAGAGCAGGGCUCUGGCAGGAAGUCGUGACCGUCCCAGCCAAUCAGACUUACCCGAUGCCUGACGGAAUGAGCUUUGAGGAAGCGGCCGCCUUUCUGGUCAACUACAUCACGGCGUACAUGAUCCUCUUUGACUUUGGGAACCUGAGACCCAACCAGAGCGUUCUCAUCCACAUGGCUGCCGGGGGGGUAGGAACAGCCGCCAUUCAGCUCUGCAAGACGGUGGAGAACGUCACCAUCUUUGGCACUGCCUCUGCCUCCAAGCACGACGCCCUCAGGGAAAGCGGGGUCGCUCACCCAAUUGACUACAGGAGUAUGGAUUACGUGGAGGAAGUCCGGAAAAUCUCCCCAAAAGGAGUCGACGUUGUUUUGGAUCCACUGGGAGGAUCGGACACUACCAAAGCAUUCAACCUCCUGAAGCCAAUGGGCAAACUCAUAACCUACGGGGUGGCCAACCUGCUCACUGGGCAGAAGAAGAACCUGAUGGCCAUGGCGAAGACAUGGUGGAACCAGUUCAGUAUCAACGCUCUGCAGCUCCUGCACCUCAACAAGGCCGUGUGCGGCUACCACCUGGGUUACAUGGAUGAAGAGUUUGAGCUCAUUGGGGGUGUUGUGGCCAAGCUGGUUAGCCUGUACAACCAGGGCAAAAUCAAACCCAAAAUAGACUCCGUAUGGCCCUUUGAGCAGGUGGCAGAUGCCAUGAGGCAGAUGCAAGAGAAGAAGAACGUUGGGAAAGUCAUCCUAGUUCCUGAGCUGCCGAAGGAAGAACCCAAAAAAGAGGAAAACUAAAGCAAGGCGACGUGUCUGCAGGUUGUGAGUCUGUGGUUUAACCCCUAACCCCUUUGGGGCCUGGGAAUGGACGGCUCAGACCUGCCAUCUUCCCCAGUAAGGGAAUGAUACAUUUUUAAAGCCGGUUCUAGGACUGUGAGCGUCUUGGGUUGUGAAUCAUAUGCACCUGCCACAGCCAGCCUCCCCCAGGUGUGAUUGUGUAACAUUGUGUGAUGCCUCCCACCUUAGCCCUGCGUUUCCCACCGCAUUGGUAUAGCUCCUUUCCCAGAUUCCAAACCAAGUUCUUUUUCUCUGGCAACGCCUCUCUGGCCUCCAAGCAGUCAGUGACUAAUGGCUGCGUAGUAUGUUGCUGCAAAGUGUAAACGCAAAUUGUUAUAGCAACCAUUGACUGUCUCCAUAGAAACGGAGCCCUUUUUGCAGUCUUACGAUGCACAUUCAACAGACGAAUGUGCCAAGCCAGAGAUGCUUGUCGAUGAAAUUGCUGUAGGAAAAUAACAUGAGACCGUGCAUUAUUCUAGUGCUGGUUAUUUCUUUGCCGUUAUUCCUGCUGUCACGACACUUCCCUUCCUCCUCCCCCUGCUUUUCCCCACACCCCCAGGCCUUUAAUGCCAAUCAGCUGGCAAAAGGCCAGUUUUUCUAAGCCCAGCUUAGUAUCUUAGAUGCUGGUCACGCUGUAGCUUUUUAAUUUGCUGUUCCUUCUCUGUGCAUGCUGCAUGUAACCUGAGGAGCAGUUAGGCUGGUGCUAUAUGAAUACUAAAGAGACAUUUCAGUUCAACAAUUUGCUCUCGUCCAUUUUCUGCUCCCAAACCGUUAGGGAAAGUCUAAACCAAUUCCGGGGUCAGAGCUGGGUCUGGAGACCGAACGGACUCAGCUGUGUCUCCGAACGGACUGACCCAUUUGUGUUGGCUCUAUGUGCUUUGUUAACGUUGGGCUCUGAAUGUCUGUCAGGCUAAACUUCACCCUCGUGUUUGUUACCAAGGGCUGCAAAUGUGAAAACGUGUCUGCAAGGCUGGGACAAAACAAGGCUCGUGGUCGGCCUUCGCUUCUGCGGUUGUGUGUGCUAGGAAGGGGACGCUGCAGCUCCAGAAGGGAGCAGGCCCAGUAGAGUCUGGAGAGCCAGCGUGUGGUUCUGAGGGAGUCGCACACUGUAGAAAUCAAAGGUCUGGGCUCAGACCUGUUGAAUCCGCUGGUGUGAGGCUCCCGCCUGGUUAGAUCCUGGCUUCCGUUUUGCACUUUCCACUCCAGGUUUAAUUAGCUUUUCAGAUUCUCCACUAGUCCCAGGCUGUCCCUAUGGCUGGCUAGCGCCGAAGGGGCUCGAAUCGCGAAGUGCCAGUGUUUCAGGAUACUUCCUAGUGCUGCUGAGAUGCUGGGAACUGCCCAGGGGGCUCCUCUCCCCAGGAAGAAAACGGGGCUUGCCCAUGCCAGGCGUGUGGUAAAACUGUGGGUGGGAACCUGACCGGCUCAGUCUGUGAGCGUCUAAACUUGUCCUUGUCUAAUGUUCCGACUGGUGCUGCCCCUUCCAGCCGCGCUCGGUCUCCUGCUGCAGUCUCAGGACUUGGCGCUUUGCUGCUAUUUGCACUUGCUCUAGCAGUCCAGGGCUGGUUCUGCUGGGUGGUGGAUGGUGCAGUAGCUCAGGCUUUGCUUGUAUUUGGAUCUGGUAACUGAAGGGACCAAGCCCCCACCCCACCCCCUUUUUGUAAAGUGCCAUAGCAGAAGCAAAAUGCUGCUCUUAAAUAAGAGCAAACAUGGAUCUCCUGGGCUGUGAACAUUCCCUCCUGCUGGGUCCCUCCCUGCAUUAAAGAAAACCUGGUCCAGCAUCAGCACAAGAAUUUUAUUGUGCAAAGAAAAAGGAAGGCGACAGCCUCCAUUAGCUGCCCCCGCCCCGGGAGACGUAAGUGGCGCAUCACUAAGGCUUGGGCUACACUAGCAACUAACGUCGGUGUAACUAUGCAGUUUUACCGACCGAGCUCCGGUGUAGACAACGCUGUGUCAGCGGGAGGGUGUCUCCCAGCAACACGGCCACCGCCUCUCGGGGGGCGCGGUACGGAUGCCGACAGGAGAAGCCUCCUCUUGGCGUAGGCAGCUUCUUCACUGACGUGCUACAGAGGUGCAGCUGCAUUAUCUCAUCAGUGCAGCCUGGGUUUCUGUUCCUGCUCCCUUACCCUGUCGGGCUUCGAUAGGCCUGGAAUCUGGAGGAUUCACUUCAGGUAUAAAAUGGGGCCCCCGUUUAGGUCUUCAGAAAGCAAACCACGAUUGGGUUCAGACCCUCUUCUGUCUUCGUUCCUUCCAUUCGUGACACGGGGGUUGACUCCGCAGAUGUGAUGCAGCGGAACUCACAAGCACAACUUUUUUCUAACCUUUUCUAAAUACAAACUCUCCCCGCUGGGUUUUUUCCCUCUCAGAACCGCUCCUGCCCAGUGAAUUAGCUUUGAUUUUCCAUUGUUUUACGCCGUUUCACCACAGGUUUAUAAAAGCAGUUCAGACACUUGGGCUUUUCCUUUUAUAGCAAACAAGACCUGCUCGUGUCCAAAUCUUGGCUUCACCUUGAGACAGGAGGAGUCUGGCCAAACUGCACACUGCACCGCAGAGCUUCAGGUUCUCUAGAGUCUUUGAAAGGGGGAAAAUGGUUGCCCCUUCCUUGGCUCUACUCCGCUGAGAGCACCUGGUGCCUUACUCCAGACGGCCUUAUCCCGGGCACCAUCGCAAGGCUUUUGAAGUCUAGUCCCCUUUUAGCAAAUGGGAAUAUCUUGUAUCUUCCUGUAGGACAACUCUGACGUAUGCUGCAUUGCAACGCACCAUAGAAAACAGUAUCUCAGUGCCUUUUCUAGACAGCUUGUAGGACUAGCAAGUCACUGAAGCCUUUGCCAUACUGGCCUCUUAAAAUACUGCCAAAAAUCUAGUGUGCUGCAAAAUAGAUAUGGCUUGUGAUACACAAGCGACCUAGCCCUGCCUACCCUCCGCCUCGAUAUACUCCUCGUACACGUGUUUUAUGGGCUCUCCAGGGUGACCCCUGGAAGCUCCUGCUCCAGAGCCUAAGCAGCAGAGGCUACCGUAAGGCAAUGCCUCGCAUUUGGAUGUGGCCAAAGGUGCCCGUGUAUGUCAGUAUCUCUAGGCCUGUCCUCUUGCAAAGCUUUGCUGGUAGUGGCCUCUCCUGGGGCUGAGGUGAGGACAUUGAGGGUUUGUCACCAUUGCAGAGACUCUCUGGAAUUUCUUUUCUCUUCGUUUGCAAUGUGUAGUUGAUAGUGAAUUUUCUACCUAUAAACUUCUGACGCCCUUUUCAGUCUGACUUCUGAAUCCUUCCGAGCAGUUAGGUAGUUGUGAUAGAGAUUAGCACUGACUCUGCACCGCAGUAGCUACGUUUUCUAGAGAAGAUUAAGUGUAACCUUGCGCUUUACUGCCUCAGACUAAUGCUUUGUUCUAGAUUUUAUAGUAGCCUUUAUUUACCCUGGCAUUUUAUGGGCCAGUAAGUAUUAAACCUACUGAUCGUCAGU